AUGUCAUCUCAGAGUCCGAGCGUCAAGUCGCUCUACCAACAACUACCCUUGAACCAGUUCGAGAUUCGGAUUCUGAGACUCGAGCCCAGCACGCCGUCGUCAUCAGAGAUCCGAGCUUCCCUCCUCAAACGCAGCCUCCUUGACUUGAGGAAAGACGACGCCUCAUUUGAGGCCUUGUCUUAUACCUGGGGCUUAGCCUCAAUUACAAAGGACAUCAUCAUCAACGGCACCGCAUUCCCAGUUACCGCCAACUUAUAUGCAUUUCUGCAACAAUACCAGGAGCCUAACCAGACUGCAGACCUAUGGAUUGACGCAAUAUGCAUCAACCAAGUCGACCUAAUCGAGAAGAACCAUCAAAUCCCCAUGAUGAACAUGAUCUACGCAGCAGCCAGCAAGCUCGUCAUCUGGCUCGGAGAGUCUUCAUCCGACAGUGACCUGGCAUUGGAAUGGAUCAGCUUCCUGGGCAGCGGCUCCCCAUACGACAAGAUGCCCAACAUCCCCAACAAUGCCUGGCAAGCCAUGCAAAGCUUCCUCGAACGCCCAUGGUGGAGGCGCAUCUGGAUCGUUCAAGAACUCGCAACCGGAGCCAUGGGGACCAAGCUGGAAAAGGCCUCUGUUCUCUGCGGCCACGCACAAAUCUCGUGGAUCAACCUCGUGAUUGCCGCCGCUCGCAUGAAGGCCCACGAAGACGAUAAGAGGCAGGCCUUUCCUACCAUCACGGAGAUCCUGGAACUCGAUAGUCUACGGGACAGUGCUGGCAAUUACUUUAUGAAUCAGCCCACGCCUCAGGCCCUAUUUGACCUGAUUUGCCGGUACAGGCAUUUCCUGGCGACGAAUGGGCGCGACAAGAUCUAUGCAAUCUGGAACAUGUUUGCAAGCGUGCCGUCAAAACGGCUCGAGACGAGAUAUGAUCGGCCUGUGGAGGAGGUAUACCUCGAUUUCGCUGCAGAGCUGCUCUCUGGCGAGACCGGACUGGAGCUUCUCCGCCACUGCGGCAACGCAGGUCCAGAUAUACCUUCGUGGGUUCCAGACUGGCCUGUUCCUCUUGGAUCACUGCCGCUGCCUCUUCGAAACAUUCAGCGUUACUUUGACGUCCCCUGGUGGGCAGAGCCAGAGUACCAAGAGCCCAAAGGACUCAUCCGCCCCGACGGGACAAGAAAGGAGUCAAACGUCGGCUACUAUGUAUCGCCUCUAGUCAGCGGCUCGGAGGCUCAGAAAGAAAGAGAACGCCGCAUCAAACGUCUCGAAUGGACCGCCAAAGGUUCUGCAGUCGUGAAGAGCCUUGAUGAGAUUCCAGCCCACUUUGCUAUCCACGGCUGCCCAGAUGCCACCAUAGAACAGAUCAAGCAGUUGCUGCCUCGCGAUGAUGUUGUCUUUGUUGUUGCCGAUGAGAGUCGCCAUUUGCCCGAGAAUCCGGAUGCAGUGCAGCAAGGCGAGCUCAUCACUGAGCGCAACAUGAAGAAGUGGCUCUUGCAAGAGCUGAGACAUUCCACGGCAGAGCCGCCAUAUAAAGCUGCCACUACGGUCAAUGCCACCUUCAAUAUCAACAAGCCCGACAAGUCUCUGCAAGUCAAGGGCAUAUUGUGGGAUGAAAUCGAAGCGUGUCACGAUAGCUUCGUUGAAGACGUCGAUCGAGACUUUGCCGAUGCAACACGCUUCAUGGUCGGAGUCGGCUGUUGCAAACGCUUAGCAAUGACCAAUAAGUGCUCAACAAGCAAGUAUCCCCAAGUCGCUGAUCUGUUGGAAGCCUUCUGGUCGACGUUGUUUGUCGGACAACCUCUUGAAAGCAAGGGAGCAGACGGCGUAGAACACCAGCCCCGGUACCAAGACUGGCUGCCCGAAGUCCCAAGUUCAUGGAGUCCAGGAAAGCCUCCAGUGACGGCAACGACUACAGGGUUGAUCGCCAUUGCGGAGAUGAAUGAAGCAAUUGACCGCUCCAUGUCCGCUGCUCAAGGAGAACAGGGAAAGGGUGCUCCGCAGUUUACGCAUCAGCUCGGGCCUGCUCUCAAGGCGCGUCUUGCUUCGACAUGGAGCCAGCAGCCAUACGAUCUAUAUCACCGACCAUUCGACUUACUCAACGUGAUUCCCGAUCCCUAUUGGCAAACCAGACGACAGGAAGAUGAACUCGCCAAACAACAGGCGCAGAAGCGCAAGACAGGAUGCAUCAGAUCAAGCCUCGACGGCAUCAAAGAUUCCCCAGACCGAGUGUUCCUUGAGCGAGCGUAUGAUAACAUAGAUGAGGCCCUAAAGCAGCAGCCAAGCCUUGUUCCACAGGACACAUUACCCCCUGGUAUCGAAAAGUACGCUCUGGGACGACGAUUCUUCAUCACCAAGAAGGGAUACUUUGGCCUCGGCCCGCAGAAAGCGGAAGCUGGAGACAGGAUUGGAGUGCUGUUUGGUUCCGGCGUACCGUUUGUGCUUCGGAGAUGGAAUUCUGCAGAGGGGAAGCGGGUUUGGAAGAUUGUGGGAGAGUGUUAUGUGCAUGGAAUCAUGCAGGGAGAGGUUAUCCAGAAGUGGGAGCUUGGCUCAGCCGAGGCGCGGAUGCUUCAUUUGGUAUAG